AUGGCCAGAUCAAAGGCCACGAUACAAGACUUCUUGUCGCCGCUCAAGAUCGGUCAUGAGCGACUCUAUCAUCUGGCCUGUCGAUUAUCCUCGACGUACCGUAAAUUGGCCGCGACGUCUUCAGAUCAGUUCUUCCCCACCGCGACCACACGUUUACCGACGGGACUGGAAAAGGGCCGCUACUUGGCCGUCUACCUGGGGCUGUACUAUCUCCGGGUGGCCUUUAUUGAAUUAUUGGGCGAAGAGCAGAUAGGCAAGCAUUCGCAUGUGCGACGGACAUUAGAAAAGGCAUGGCCGAUCGAGGAUCGACUCCGACGGGACCAUCCCAGCUCGUUAUUUGCGUGGAUUGGAGAUUGCAUUGCAGAAGUGAUUCAUGAUGAUUUGUCUAAUUCAAAGGGAGAUACACCUUCCGAGAUCGAGAUGGGUAUCUCGUUUUGUUUUCCAAUCAAGCAAAACUCCGUCAACGAGGCAAUCUUGAUGCCGACUGGCAAGGGCUUCACACUGGGGACUUGUCUGAAUUUGCAUCAAGCCCUUCUCGACGGGUAUGAAUGCCACACGCGGUGCUCUGCAAGGAAAGACAUGACGGCCGAGGAGAUGCCCGCCAAACGCCGAAAGAAAUCCUGUCUACCCAAGCUCAAAAUCACGGUCAUGACUAACGAUACUAUUUCCACUCUCGCAUCGCUGGCGUACUCGAUUCGAGCGCUGCCCAAUACCCGCGUGGUCAUGGGCUUGCUCGUUGGCGCCGGUUGCAAUUCCGCCGUACCGAUGAAGCUUGCCGAUUUGCACGAGUCCAAGAUCCGUCAUAUUCGACAGAAGGAUCCCGAUGCCGUGGACUCGGUCGUUUCGACAGAGUGGACUCUGAGAGGUGCAACGGGUCCCCUGAUCGAGCUUGGCCUCGUCACCAAGUGGGAUACCGAGCUGGACACGCAUGUCAAUCGGCCGGGAUUCCAACCAUUAGAGUAUAUGGUGGGAGGCCGCUACAUUGGUGAACUGGUCCGGAUCAUCUGCAGUGACUGGUUCACCGUGGUCAAAGCCAUACCGCGGUCAUCCUUGCCCGUGAAACUAGUGACAAAAUAUGCGCUUACGACAGAUUUCCUGUCAUUGGUGGUGGCGUCCAGCCAUUCGGAUUCCCAGUUGGCCAAGGACUUGCAGCAAGAAGUGCCAGCCCCAGCGUCCAGUGACUGGGGAUGGACAGCCGAGUCCGCGGGUCAAUUACGUGCCACGGCAGCCGCGGUGCAGGAGCGCUCUGCUGCCUUGAUUGCCGCUGCGACGGUGGGGUUGCUGGCGUGUAUCCGGGAGAUUCGACUCCAGGACCAGGACGAAGUGGAACAUGCUGAGGAUGCACAUCCCCAUCCCGAGCAAGGUGAGCAAUUCAGGGCGCACGAUCUUCAAAAUGGUGGAUUCUCUGGGCCAGGCUGGCUCAAGGGGCCCGAGGAAUUGGUGGUGGCCGUCAACGGAGGAGUCAUCCAGCAUUAUCCGCACUACAAGGAGACGGUGCAACGACACAUUGACCGGCUCUUGAUCAGCGCUGGGCCCCAAAGCGACGGGAAGAGUAUCUUCCUGCGGGAAGCCAGUGAUGGCGGACUCGUCGGCGUGGGGGUCCUUGCUGGCACCGUGGCUGGUGACUUUGAUGGGAUUAUUGGAUCGACAUUUGCAAAAGAAACGAGAGUCGAUAUGGAAGUGACGGGCAAUGGGAACAAGAACGGGGAUUGGUGA